AUGGGUGGUGAAAUUGGUCCCUCCUUAGUUGAUUUGCAACAUUUGAGGUACUUAGAUCUUAGUUGCAAUAACUUCAGUAAAAUUCCCAAGUUUAUUGGUUCUUUAACUAAACUCAAGUAUCUCAACUUUGAACAAAAUCCUAUCGUCGAUGCUUUUCCUUUCCAGCUUGGGAAUCUCACUAAGUUACAAGUUCUCAAUCUUGAUAUUGACAAUUAUGGUCUCAUGAUUGAUAAUAAUCUUGAAUGGCUUUCUCAUCUCUCUUCCCUAAAAAUCUUUAAACUGAGUAACACCAAUUUCACCAAAGCCACAAAUUGGUUUCAAUCCAUUAAAACUGCUCCCUCUUUGUCAAGUUUAAGAUUAUAUAAUUGUCUUUUUCCGACAAUAGAUGUCAUCAACAAAAGCUCUUCAAAUUCUCUCACAAAACUUGACAUUGUAUACAAUACCAUACAUCCUAAGACAAUUCCAUGGUUGCUCAAUAUAAGUAGCAAUCUCUUUAGUUUGACCUUUUUGGAAAAUGAAGUAAGAGGUCCACUUCCAAAUUGUUUUCAAAACAUAAGAACUCUUGCACACAUUGACCUGUCAUACAAUGAAUUUGUUGGUGGAAUACCAAAAUCAUUGGGAAGUCUUUGCAAUCUUCAAGAGCUCUCUCUGUCAGAGAAUAAUUUCAAUACAACACUUUCGGAUGUUUUAGAAAGCCUUAGAGGUUGUGCUAAAGAUUCUUUAGAAAUAUUGGAUUUAAGAUCAAACCAAUUAAAAGGAUCCUUUCCAAUUUCGAAAGCAUUUCCGCUUAAUGGUACCUUACCGGAAGAUAUUGGCAAGCUUCAUCAUCUUAAGAUUUUGUUUCUCAAAUGGAACUCUUUCACUGGUACUUUAACUGAAGCUAUUGGUGAGCUCCAACAUCUUGAGAAUUUAUAUGUCUCUUCAAACGCUUUCACGGGACUUGUCACUGAAGCUCACUUUAAAAGACUUUCCAACUUGAAAAGGCUUUCUUUUUUGGAUAACCCCUUAACAUUGACCUUCAACUCUACUUGGGUUCCACCAUUUCAACUAGUUGAUAUUUUUGAGUUGAAGAUUCUAAAUCUGUCUUCAAAUGAAUUAUAUGGUCCUAUUCCAACUUAUCUAUCAAAUGUGAAGACAUUGUUUCUCUCUAAUAAUAUGCUUCAUAGUCUAAGGACUUUUCUUUGUGAACCAGUACAUGGGUCAAUAGAAAUUCUUCACAUUUCAAAUAACAUGUUGAAUGGAAGCCUUCUCGAUUGUCAUUUGAAUUUAAAGAAUCUGACUGUUCUGAAAUUAGAUAACAACAAUUUCUUUGGAGAAAUUCCAAGAUCAAUCGGUUUGUUACAUGGAAUUCAAUAUUUGCUUUUGGGGCACAAUAAUUUCUUUGGAAAUCUUCCUUCAUCCUUACAAAAUUGUACGCAACUUAAGGUUCUUGAUGUCGAGGAUAAUAAUCUUGAAGGAAAUAUACCAACUUGGAUUGGGAAAAGACUAACAAAUUUGAUUUUCUUUCGACUAAAAUCAAAUAAUCUUUUUGGAGCCAUACCAUCAAAUCUAUGCCAUCUUCAAUCUGUUCAAAUAUUUGACAUUUCCAUGAAUAAUAUAGGUGGACAUAUUCCUUCAUGCAUAAAAAAUUUCUCCUCGAUGAUAGAUAAAAGAGACAUUUUUCAAGUAAGUAACAUGCAGAUACAUGUUAACUUAGAUGAUAAUAUUGGUCUAAACUAUGAGAUGGAUACAUUUAUUAUGUGGAAAGGAGUCAACCGCCAAUUCAAAGAGAUUCUGAGAUUAAUAAAUCUAAUUAAUCUAUCAAGUAAUAAAUUGAAUGGAAAAAUUCCCGAGGAGUUAACAAAUCUUGUUGAAUUGAUUGAACUGAACAUUUCGAAGAAUAAUUUGAGUGGAGCUAUCCCAGCGAAUAUUGGGAACUUGAAGAAGUUACAGAAAGGAAAAAUUCCUAUUGGCACUCAACUACAAAGUUUUGAUGCUUUGAUGUACAUCGAUAAUGAUGGAUUGUGUGGACGUCCACUGGCGAAUUCAUGUCUUGGCGAUGAGUCACCAAAUUAUCAUCAAGAUCAUUCAAGUUUUGUUGAAGAUGAAGAAUGGUUUGACAUGUCAGGGCUUCAUAUGGGAAUUGGAGUUGGAUUUGUAGUCGGAUUUGCUGGAAUUUGUGAAAUCUAUUAUGAAAAGCUUAUUCAUCAACUGGUGGUGUCUAUCAAAUGUCACAAGGUGGAGGUUUGCAUUUCAAGUAGUACUAAUGGAUACUCCUCCAUGAAGUUCAUCAAUUACAAUGGCUCUGAAAUUCUCUUCUUUUUGUAA